UUACCAUCGAUUGUCAUUUGUUUACGAGAUGCGGUAAAUGUUUUAUAGUACUGUAUCGUAGCACGCUGUUUGAAGUUUGUUAGUGUAUUUUCUUCUUAACUAGACAACAUGAUAUUGAAAGAGUAUAGGAUCUGUAUGCCGAUGACGGUGGAAGAGGUAUGUUUUACUUAACCGUCGUAAUUUUGAACGUGAUGAAAUGUCGAUCGUCUGUAAGCGAAAAGACACGCGAGACCCAGACGUCAGCUCGAAACCAGGUUAAUCGAGGAUAUCUUCUUGAUCAAGUUCAGAUUUGUAUUUUCAACCGAUAUUUCCAGCAUUACUCUAAUUAUAUAAUAAUAUGAAUUUUUUAUACUAGUAUGAACUUGAACUUUGACAGCAGGAUUUUCUCAACUUGAGCGACUUGCUUUGGAUAGGUUUGAAGAUCACAUAAGCAAUUUCGCCGCGCAAUAAUUUGGGGUCACCGCCAAGUUGUGCGGAAAUAGAUCGAUAAUAUAUGUAGCUUUCUGGAUUCGGUUACUUGUUAUUUGAAAGUUUAUAGUCUGCUUUAUGGUCGCUAGAUCUUCUGUCGAAGCUUGUGAGGUUUCGCUUCGUAAUGGACAAAAUUACCGAUAAAAGUUGCUGUGUUGCGUGCGUUAGGCGGGAAUGAAACAAAGUCCAGAAAUAGUAUCUGCAUUUGAUGAUUGUUUCAGAUAAAUGAACUUUUAGAGUUGCCCUUAAAGCUAGAUUAAAAUCGAAAUGGAUCCGUUGUACUAUCUUUUGUGUCGAACUAACAGCGAUAUUUGUGCUAAUAACAGCCGAAGGGCUCGGUGCUAUUCGAAUGACCACGAAAUAUGCGUGAUUCUCUUUUUUUUGUCUUUCUUGUACUUCUGAGAAAGCGAAAAGCUCGACUCUAAUUUGUGAAUUAAUGUGUAAAUAUCCUUUUCGGACUUUUGGAUUAAAAAAUUUGUGCAAUAUCUUUAUUUUUAACCCUAAUUUGCAAGUUUUCUUAAUGGGGUGAAGUGUUUGAUGAAAGCCCCUCCUUAUCUCGAGUUUCAGGUAAUUUAACUUUUGUUGAUUAGUAAUUUCCUGGAUGAAAAUAUUAUCAAUUUCCGAGCAAUAAUAUCGUUUUCGAUCGUUAAAUUUAAUGCAAAAUAUAUUGCAUGCAAAUUUGUUUUAACACGCUUGACAAAUUUUUUUAUUAAAUUUUAUGAAACGUUUCCAAAAUAUCUUAGAGAACAAAACUUUGUUAUCAUUUUAUCAAUUAAGUUUUUUCUUUAGAAAUGUUACUUCUCUUUUAAUUUGCAUGUGUUAUCUUUCAUGUAAGUCUUGGGCAGUGAUUGUGAUCGAUAAAAGUCUGUUAUUGCUUCUAUUUUACCUAACAACAAUAGCUUUACAAGCUGGGCUGUUUUUUCUCAACACCCAUUAAUUACAGCAUUGGAAGGUAACAACCAAAUCUCAUCAACCGAUUGUUGAGUGAAAAGAAUUUCCACACAACCAUAAUUGUAUCAGUUCAAAUAUGCAUGUACAGCCUAUCAAAUGUUUUCCUUUUCAUUCUAAUAACUUACAACAAACCAACUGGGACUAAAAACAAAGGAGACAUUUUCAAUCUUUUAAUAUUUAAUUCAUGCUGUAUAAUAGAGUUUGCUUUGUUAUGGUUAGCAUUACUGAACUUUGUAAACAACUCAAACAAGUGACUACAAAAGAUCUGUUAAUCCCUUAAAAUUAAAUGUUGAGCUUAGUUUCCAAAUUGAUGGUUUUUUAACUUUCUUUCAUUUCUUUCACAAAUCAUAGAAAAAUUAAAAAAAUAUCAAAACACUUUUAUUGGCACUGCAACUGAAAAGUUUACUAAAAAACUGGAAAAAACACUUGUUUCUUCUUUAGAUGUCAUAUUCAUCUCAGCUAAUGUGAAAAUUAUUUGUUUUUCACGAAUAACUUUUCUAUGAUGUGCCAAAAUAGAGUUUGUUUAUGCAAAUGAAACUUAAUAAAUAUUGAAAGUGAAUGUCAAUAAAUAUUUUAUAUCAACUUUUGUAUAGAUAAACAGUUGUGAAACAAGUUUCUCUGUUGGUUUCCAGUGCUUUUAAGUUUACCAAAACAUCUAAUAUAAACAUAACUUGAAAAAUUUGCUGCAGAAGUCUUAACAAUGUAAGUGAGAAGUAUCAUUUUGAUGAAAUAAAAUAUGCUAUUCUUCAGAAUGUCCAUUCUUUUGGGUUUCAGACUCCCCUUAGCAUUGUUUGAUGCUCUGACUUAGUUCAUCAACAUAUCUUAAAAUAUCUAGUAUUGUUGUUCAAAUUAAAGUCUUUGGUAGGGAUGGUUUUUGAGUUUUUUCUUCUCACCAUGGUGACCAAAUGGUUGCACCAUUGAGCACUGACCACAAGCAUGAUUAGCAUCCAGUUGUGCUUGAUGGCUUGCCUAUGUGGUUUAGGCUGCUGGGUUUGCAAACCCUCUACUUUGAAGCUUAAAUGGAUAUGCUUCUUGGAGUACCUGGGAUCAAUUUAUUUGCUGCAGUUUAUUAAACAGCAAACUAAUUCACAUGUCACCAGUUUGGCGUUAUGUCAAUUAUAAAGCUUUACUUCAAGUUGGUAGUCAAUACUUUUGAAUUUUUAUUUUUGAGAAGCACACAUGAUCCUACAUGUAAAUAUAUCAACUUAUACAUUGAACACUAAAAAAGCUAAUAUUUAUUAAAAUUUUUAUUUAUUUAUUGCUUAUAUCCAGUAUCAAAUAGGUCAACUGUUCAUGAUAAGUAAACACAGCCAUGAACAGAGUGAGCAAGGUGAAGGAGUCCAUGUGGUAAAAAAUGAGCCCUGUGAGGACCCAAAGUUUGGAAAGGGACAAUUCACAGAAAAGAGAGUUUAUUUAUCCAGGUACAAGUUAUGGCAGAUUUAAUGUAUUUGCAAUGUAGAGUUUGAGGUUUUUUUUUGUUAGGGUUUAUUCCAAGAUUUCACUGUAAGUUAUUUUGUGAAUUUGUGCACCUGUAUAUGUAUAUGGAAGAUGGUAUGUGUUAUAUUAGACUUCUGUUGUAUUGGGUAUUUCCCUUGUGAAGUUACCUCUAAUUGAGAAUGUAAUUUUAGGAGUGAGGAUUGGGUGUUACAUUUGUGCCAGUUUAUAGAGGUAAUUCCUAUGCACUAUUUAGUCACCAAUAAUCUUCUGCGGGAGGCUUGGGAACAGAGAGCAAUCAUCUUGAUAUCGUGAACCUCCUGAUAACAUGACCAGCAAGCUUCUGGACAGACUGUUAGUCUGCAGAUAAUUUAUUUAGGGAAUCUUAAUUAACCUGGGUGUCAAAAAGUUGUCAAAAUUCAAUUAGUGAAAACAGAAUCUGCCUGUAGAAUUUGAUGCUGCCCACUAGAGAGCUUGCUCACAGCCAACCUGAUAACCUGUUUUAACCCUGUUUUAACUUCAUAAACAACCCAUGUUUAAAUGUGUCCAAAGAUGAGAGGAAUGGGCUCUAGCACCAGGCUGACAGGGCUAGUGUAGAGUGUUGUGAAAUAAGCCAAACACCUUACCCUCACAGGGGCAUAGCCAGGAUUUUUCAAAGUGGGGUCACUCUGUGCUAAACAGAUGGUACUCAUCAGUUUUUACCACCUGAAUAUUGCUGGUUGUUUGUCAAAAAGAAAGGCUUACAACAAGGCUUCCAAAGGGGAGGUCACAGGCACCCAGGGACACCCCCCCCCCUUCCAGCUAUGCCCUUGUCUGAAAAUUAUUGGGAGGAAUUUCUUAAAAAAGCAUUGAGUUGUAAGAAGUUGUCAGUUAUAAAGGGAAGUUUACUGUUUUCCAUUUUUUCUUUUCUUUUUUUUUCAGUCGUCUUCCUGGAUGGAUGCGGUCCUAUAUUCCAAAAAUAUUCUAUGUAGAAGAAAAGGCUUGGAAUUAUUACCCUUUCACUAUAACAGGUCAGUAAAGAUUAUGAGAGUUUGCCUCAAAUAUACUAGUUAACCCUUGUACUUGGCUUAGUCAUUUACUCCUGAAUGACAUACAAUUUUUAACCCUGUAACUCCCAAAAUCUCAUUAGUAAUUCUCUAACUGUCUGCCAUACAGUUCUUGUGAUGUUAGCUUGGAGUAUUUGGUAUUGGAUCUACCAGUAAUCCCCUAAUUGAUAUUUUUCUUUAUUCUCAUCACUUCUGUGCUUGAUAUUGUAUUGAUGUUGUAAGGAGAAAUUAUGUCUUGGUCCCUCAUGGGAGUUAAAGGGUUAAUUAACAUGCAUCAAACAUUGAAGGAAAUGAUCUCCAACCUCAUUUACUUCUCAAGGUUUUUUUUCAAUGACGAAAAGGGGUAAUAGUUGUUUCUGCGUUUAAGUUUGUAUUUUAAUAAUAAUUUCCUCUUCCUUUUCAUUCUCCUUCACUCUCUAUCAACAGAAUAUUGUGUGAGUACCCUCUUUUUAUUUACUUGAAUUACAGUUUGUGCAUUUCCCAUAAGCUUGAAACCAACAGAAGGCUGCCCUGCACAAGAAAUGUUUAAGUUAUAAGCUGUCUACAUUGAAAAAGUACUAGCCAAGGCAAUUUAAAGGACAUUUUAUCAGAAAAAAAGAUGAGGUUUUUCCUUCUAUUGUUGAAUUACAAGAAAUGGAAAGAAAAGUGGAAAAGAUCAAUGUGAUGUAUAUCAAGUCAGAUUAUAGUAACCCAACAGCCCCUUAGAAACACCCUCUCUCUAUGUCCCUGUAACUCAAAAACAAGUAGACUAAAUUGUGAUGUGUACAUACUGUUUAGAGCCGCAAAGUACAAAAAAAAUAAGAUGGCUUUGAACUGUUUUUACAGAUUUGUUUGAAUUUUGGAGACAAAUAUUCAGAUAUGCAGAUUACAAUCCAUCUGGAGCCACCAGACUUAUUUUUCAGUUACAGACUGAUAAAGCAAAGUGUUAGCAUGAUAACCUGAGUUUGUUAGAGAAAUAUAAUGAUCACAGCUUUUCAUGUGAUAGUUAGGCAUCUGUGGUCUCUUAGAGACCAGUUUCAAGAAAUCAGACAAAACAGAGGAAUUGAUCUCUGACAAUUACAUAAUCUUUCGCUGUUUCUCUAUGCAGUGCUCCUUUCUUCCAAGAUUUUCAAUUAGGAUUAAAACGAAAUAUUUCAAUGAUAAUGGAAGUAUAGACAAUGUAAGUAUAUUCUUAGCUAAGACUUUCUUUAGUUAUCAUUUUAAACUUUAAGUUAUGUAUUAUAAAUACUAAAGACUGAGAUUUAAACUGAUCACUGAGAUGAAAUACACUGUCACAAUGAUGACAAUUAAGUUUUCACAUCUCAACAAGUUUUUUGUAUCUCGUUCAAAUUGAUUUUGAUAUACUGGUCACACAGACUGUACUUGUGAAAUAGUUCUGACAUUGGUUUUUUUUCACUUAAAAUGUUAAUAGUUAUUUGCAUUGAUUUAACAUUGUAUGUGACCUUUCUUUUUUUUUUAAAAUAUGAUUGGUUGUAUCUUUCUUGCAGUGUUUUGAAUUAGAUGAGGAAACACUUGAAACAAGGGAAGUUGUGGCAAUUGAUAUAGCUUAUGAUGAAUUACCAGAAAAACAUUAUGUUCCAGAAGAGGUAAGUCAUAUGCUUAACUAUAGCAUACUUCUGAUAAGAGUUUAACAUUAAACAACCUCUUGAGAGUACAAAGGUUCAAAAAAUAACCAAGAAACUGCAAUAGAUUGAGUAUUAAGAUUCUGAGAUUAGAUCCCUAGACCUUUGUUAUGAUUUUACACUGAAUUUGAGGGCAUUAAAAUUGGGCCAGUAGUGUACAUUGCAGUGUGAAAUAUUGGCUUCAUUACCAACUGAGAUGCUAACCAUGUGGGUCUUGAGGAAAGCCUCACAGCUCUGACAACAAAAGUGAUGGAGAGUUCAAAUUGUGUGGAGAUUUUGAUCAACUUACUUGGAUGUUUGUGACAUCAGUAAUGAAAUUUGAAAUAUUUUUCCUGUUCAUCUAGGACUGUAGGUAUUUCAAAUCAAAGAAAACAGGUAGAGGUCCUUUAAAGGAAGGAUGGAGGGUGAGUGUAGAAUAUUUUCUUAACUAUUUAAAUGGUAUGUACAUUCCAACAGUAAAUUAAAAUUUUUGUUUAAAUUGGUAGAAAUUCCCUAUUACACUAAAAAUGGUUGUAAAUUCAUGAGGUGAUGCUUUGCAUCACACAGAAUUAUCAACUAGUCAUGCAACCACAUAGUUCUGUUCUUUGCUGAUGAGGAUGUCCCUUCUAAUAUUGUGGACCAAACACACUUGUUGGGGGUGUGAAAUGAUCUCCUUCAAACCUCUUUGAAUUUGUCUUUAUAUUAACUUACAGAAUUGUUUAUAUUAGAGAACACAUCUGUAGAGAAGGAAUCAUUGUCACAUUUGGACAGAGUUGUACUUUUUCAGUUUUGUUAAUGUACGAGUAUCGUACAUAGAUACUUCAGAGUACUCUGUUGUUAUGGUACAACUUAUAAAACUAGAAACAUGGGCAAUAACUACUGAAUAAUGUAAUCAUGACAUUUUUCCCCUAAACCUCUUAAAUAUUACUAAAACAGAAACUGUUUGUAAUUUUAGGAUGAUACUCAACCCAUCAUGUGCUCAUAUAAAGGUUACAUAAGCAUAUGAUCUAGUACAACAAAACUUGAAACAUGGGCAAUAAUUCAUGAAUGAUGUAAUCAUGUUGUUUUUUCCCCUGAAUCUUGUAAUAUUACUAAAACAGAAACUGUUUGUAAUUUUAGGAUGAUACUCAACCCAUCAUGUGCUCAUAUAAAGGUUACAUAAGCAUAUGAUCUAGUACAACAAAACUUGAAACAUGGGCAAUAAUUCAUGAAUGAUGUAAUCAUGUUGUUUUUUCCCCUGAAUCUUGUAAUAUUACUAAAACAGAAACUGUUUGUAAUUUUAGGACGAUACUCAACCCAUCAUGUGCUCGUAUAAACUAGUUAGUGUUUCUUUUGAUGUUUGGGCCUUAGCUUCAAGAGUAGAGUCCUAUGUGCAUAAGGUGAGGGUCAGUGCUUCUCUUAUUCCUGUACCCAAGUAAACAAAGGUGGUAGAAAUAGAGUGUAAUGAUUGCUGAAUGGUGAAUCAUGAUAUUUAAGUGAAUUAAAGGUGGACUGUAAUAUAAAAAAGGAAUUGUAUGAUGGAGGUAGUUAUAGUGGAUAGUUUUUCCUCAGAACCUCUUGCCAAUAAAAAACAGUUUUGAAAGAAGUACAUGAUUACCAAUUUCCACAUUUUUCUGAUACUUUUCACCCCUUUGCACAAAAGCUUUAACUCUUUGAAAAAGCUGCAAUAGUUGUCACUGUAUCUGUCAUGACAGAAUUUUUCCAAUGCAUGAAUUACUUGCAUGAAUUGGAAGCGUUUUGAAUUUGUGGGACUGAUUAUCCCCAACUGUCAUGUUUUAGAUCAAAGCUCACAGAGCUUCUUGUGGCAGCCAUAGGUCACUGUGAUUGGUUGCCUGGCAUGUUUCAUUGUAAUUAAUAAUACUUUAGGUAAUUAAUUUACCUAGUACCUCUACAGAAAGGAAUUAAGCUGUACUAUAUACUGUAUGUCAACAGGUUAUUCAAGAUAUUUUAUUACUUGGUCACAGACAAGCAUUUGCUUGGAUUGAUGAUUGGAUUGGUAAGUGUAUGUACUUUUAAAUAAAAAAUUUCUCAAUUGAUAAAGGACAAAAUUUGUACAUGUGCAUUAUGUAAAUUAUUCAACUUUCCUGCUGUGCUUUGUUAAUUGCCCACUUCUUUACCUCCUGCCUGCCAGUUUAAAUUUCUUACACAUAUUUACACCAUUUGUUUGAGUGUUUACUCUGUGCCAGAGUAGCACAGAGAUACUAAAAUACAUCAGCUCAAAGUAAUGCCAGUUGUAAUAUUGCAAUGUACAUUAUAGAAUGUAGGCAGGGACAAUUCUGAGAUGGGGUGGCGUUAACGCUAAUGUGUUGACUGUAAGGCCUAGGUUGUAGCAUUAUUUUAAACCAAACUGUACUGACCAAAAAGGUGUAGUAGUGUCAGGAACGAAAAAAAAAAAAAAAAAAACCCAUUUGUGCAUAAGCUCCCUAUUAAUAAUUUAAUUACACUUCAAGGUAUGACCAUUGAUGAUGUAAGAACAUAUGAGAAAGAAAUGCAGGAGAAGACAAACACCAAAGUUGGGGCAGAUAUUUAA